GUUUGUGUCGGAGUGGCAAUAUGGCGGAAGAUGGAGAAUCGCUGGAGUCCUGGCUUAACAAAGCCACCAACCCUGCUAACAGACAGGAAGACUGGGAGUACAUAAUGGGAUUCUGUGACCAAAUCAACAAGGAACUGGAAGGCCCACAAAUAUCCGUCAGGCUACUGGCUCACAAGAUUCAGUCUCCUCAGGAGUGGGAGGCGAUACAGGCAUUAACGGUUCUCGAGGCUUGUAUGAAGAACUGCGGGCAACGGUUUCACACUGAAGUUGGAAAAUUUAGGUUUUUAAAUGAAUUAAUUAAGGUGGUUUCACCCAAAUAUCUCGGGGACAAAGUGUCCGAGGGAGUGAAGACAAAAGUGAUCGAGAUGCUGUACAGCUGGACUGUGUCUCUGCCGGAUGAAGCAAAAGUCUCUGAAGCGUAUGAGAUGCUGAAGUCACAGGCCAUUGUUUUAGCUGACCCAGACGUUCCUCUUGAUGCUACGAUAAUACCAUCGUCUUCUCCGCGACCCAAGAAUCCCGUGUUUGAUGACGAGAAGACGAGCAAGAGAUUAUCGGAGCUGCUGAAGAGCAAAAAGCCCGAAGAUCUCCAAGAGGCCAAUCGGCUCAUCAAGAACAUGGUCAAGGAGGACGAGGUGAGAAUGUAUAAAGUAAAAAAGCAAAAAAGCACACUGGAGGCCGUCGACAGCAGCGUCAAGCUCCUUAACGAGAUGCUGGCUCACUUCAACCCCCAAGACUCCAUGGAUGGAGACAAGGAGCUCAUUAGGGAGCUGUAUGGGGAUUGCGAGAAGUUGAGACAAACUGUGUUUCAACUGGCCACCGAGACGGAGGACAACGAAAGCAGCUUGGGAGACAUCCUGCAGGCCAGUGAUGACCUCUCCCAUGUCAUUAAUUCCUAUAAGAAGAUUGUGGAAGGACAGAUCGUCAAUGGAGAGGCUGACGGCGCACAACAAACACAAUUAUCACUCAGACAAGGUCGCACAAAUCAGUCCGAGGUUCUGAUUGACCUGCUGGGUCUGGACAUCCAGGGCGUCUCUCAACCCCCGACAACGUCCCCGUCUCUUCCCUCUGACCUGCUGUUCGGGUCGGCUGCCAGUGACCCUCAGUCCCGAGGCCCCGCUGUUCCCUCUGCAGCGUUCUCUCUGCUGGAUGAGGAGCUGCUGUUUUUAGGCCUCAACGAACCCGCUCCAAGUAAAUCAGCACAUGUAAACCUGAACAAUGGUUUUCCGUCUGUACAGGAUUCCAGUCAUGAUUUAGAUUUCUUUGACACCACUUCGCCUUCAGCUCCCGCGUUCUCGUCAUCGUCACUCUUUCCAGACGCCCUUUCUUUGACAGCUGACCCGCUUAACCCAGUCAACUCUCCCAAAACGGCCUCCGCCCUAAGCCUCCCCGGUGCCGUCUUCUCCACGCCGCCGGUUUCUACAGGAUCAGUCAUGUUCCCCCCUUCCUUCAUCUCAGCAUUGAGCACCGCCGCGGCCCCAGCUGCUCCACCUCAGUCUUUCAGUGUGGCCUCACCUGCUCCCUCAGCCGCCCCCGUCACUCCACCUGGAGCGUCCUACGCAGCGGCUCUCGGUCACAACCUGCAAGACCUCGCCCUGCUGGAUCUGGGCAGUCCUACAAUCGCGCCUGAUGUCAUGGACUUCGGCCGCUCGCUGGUCAAGAGUGAGGACCUGCUCGCUCCCGCCGCCCCGUCCUCCAGAGUUGGUGUCGCCUCCACCUCCACGUCCAUCUCUCUGCUCCUAGGAGAGACGCAGGCAGGGUCCACCCCCCCGCCUGCUAAGGGUCAGGCAGAUGACAGCCCUCUGUUACACUCUAUGCACCCCAUCCUGCCUCUGAGCCAGGCCAGCCCAGGCAUAGGACAAGAGGUGUCCCUGGCCAAUGUCUUUGUCCCUUUGGAUGCUAUCAAGCCAAGUAAAGUGAGUCCCGUGACGGCUUACGACAAAAACGGUGUCCGCGUUCUGCUGCACUUCGCCACCGAGUGUCCAGCAGGCCGACCCGAUGUACUGGUGAUGGUGGCGUCCACGCUCAACACAGCCUCGCAGCCUGUCACAAGCUUUGCUCUGCAGGCGGCUGUGCCCAAGACGAUGAAAGUGAGACUGCAGGCGCCCACCGGGACGGAGCUGGGUCCUUUCAACCCCAUCCUUCCCCCUGCUGCCAUCACGCAGGUCAUGCUGCUUGCAAAUCCUCUCAAGGAGAAGGUGCGGAUGAGAUACAGACUGACAUUCACGCUUGGAGAACAGCUACACUCCGAGGUUGGGGAGGUGAAUGAGUUUCCGUCUGCCGACAGAUGGGGCGCUCUAUAGCACGGCCUGCCGACACUGCAAGAAUACUGAAAUUAGUCAGUGCAGCGCCGAGGUCAAGACAACGGGCAGCAUUGGAAGACUGAGUGACCAAUGUGAGGUUUUUCUGCUUGAGAUGGCCCACUGAAGUAGCCGAAGUCCUGUAGCGCACAUCCAACUUAAACAUUACUACAGAGCCAGGGGUUAGUGUGGUGCAGUAACAAAUGAAGUGACGUUUUUGAUGUUAAAUAUUGCUACGUUAUUAUCCGUUUAUUUGUAUUGUUAUUAUUAUUAUACACCCUUUUUGUUAUUUUAAUGUUGAUAUUUACUGUCUCAUUGCCAGACAGUGAGCAUAGAAAACACACAUUGAAGGAGGUUGUGAAGCCAGGGUUGUAUGAACAUGUGACCGACCUGUAUUUCACAUGAUUUGCUGCUCACCACGUAUGAUAACAAGGUUUUUUGCGCUUAAGACAUUGGACAGGAGCAGACAAGAGCCCCUCUGUUGCUUCAUAAAAGACUCCCACAGACUGGCCCAUCGAGAGUCGGCCUCACAGUUACUACUGAAUACUUUUCUGCCGAGUUAUAUACUGACUCGUAGUUCAUACUCUUGCUUUGUUUUAAGUCUUUCAGUAUUUAUUGACAUGAAUGUAUGAUUUAUUUGGGUUUUGGGAAGACUGUGUCAGAUCUGUCAGUUUCCUGUAUGGUUUUGCAAAUGUUGGCUGCUUUCCUUGCUCCACAUACUCUUCUUAUAAUGGACACUUUCAGUAUUGCAAUAUGAGUGGCACAAAUUCUUAGUAGGCUGUCAAAGUCUUCUUUUUGUUCCCAAAUAUGCAGACAUCGUAUGUUACAUUGUGUAGCAACAGGGUGGAUUCUGAGGAAUUACAUGUGUUGCUUUGUGUCCAAGCUGUGCUCUAGAUAGAUCAUAAAGAAAAUUAAAAUCCUGCAAGUUUAAACGGCAGCCUUAUGCAGACGCCGUAGCCCCUUUCACUUGGUCGGUGCGACAUGAGCUCUUAAGGGCACGGAUCAAUUUGUUUGACAUUAAUUAAAUGCAGUGCAUAGCUUGGCUCUAUGUACUCUUUGCUUUUGCCGCUGUUAGACUAUGUUGUGGAAACUAAGCCAAAAGGGUAGGUUAUUCGCCCUGGGUCGACUGUAAAUGUUCAGCUUAUGUAGGAUCGCCCUAUAUCAACUUGGGAUCAUAUUUAUUUGAGUACGCCUUGAGAAAAUACUGUACAUCAAUAGUAAAAUAUUGACUGUUAAUUCGAAGCAUCAGGCAUCUGUUCAUCAAAAAAUUUGACUAUUUUUGUCUUUCUGAGGCUUUUAGAGCUAUACAUGCUAAUUGACAUUUCUUUAAAAAUGGUGUGUUAGAUGAAUGUUACAUAUUUUGAAAAGCUAUUUCUGUGCAUGGAAAAAUAAAGACUGCGAUGGAUCUAUUUGUAAUACAAUUUU